AUGGAAAAAAGGCAAAAAGUUUAUACGGGUCUCUACUUGUUUCGCUCGGAAUGUGUGAGCAAUUUAGACACACGUGUCCGCAACAUUCAGGAAACCCCUCCAGACAACGAAUCCACAAAAGGGCAACGCUGUAACCCGACGCCGAGGCUCGAGAUUCCGCAUCCACUGCCACCAGGCGACGAAGACCAGCGCAUCACCGCGGGCUGCGGCGACUCCGAGGGGUCCCUGCCCUGCCGCUGCUGCCCCUGGGGCGCCAGAUGGCGAAUUGCCAUUGAUUUCUCUUCCUAUGGAAAUUCAUCGAUAUACCGCUAUCCCAUAAUCCUUCGGAAAAGACUAAAUCUUGAUUUUUACAUUAUCAAAAGUUGGCUGUCUUUUAGUGGUAGUACAAACUCGAUACAGUCUUGUGUUCUAUCAGUCUCUGAAAGAAUCAACUACAACUUACUGUUUCUUUUUCUUUUUCUUUUUUUUUGGGGGGGACAGCCAAUAGAAAUAGACAUGAUUGUAGGAAAAGACCGGGAAGGUUUCUUUACCAACGGUUUGACUCUUGGCGCAAAGAAGUGUUCAGUGAUCAGAGAUAGUCUAUAUGUUGAUGGUGACUGCACAAUGGACAUCCGGACAAAGAGUCAAGGUGGGGAACCAACAUACAAUGUUGCUGUGGGCAGAGCCGGUAGAGUCUUGGUCUUUGUAAUGGGAAAAGAAGGGGUCCAUGGAGGCGGAUUGAAUAAGAAGGCAUACUCAAUGGCAAAAUACUUGAGAGACUCUGGGUUCUAGCUGCUAGGCAGACUGUUAAGUAUUAGGGGAAAAUUGCUCUUAAACUUUCCUAGCUGUAAGCUUAAGUCUUAAUUCUGGAAACUUUAUUAGCAAUGCAGGGUGAUGGGGUAUGAACCUGUGUCUCCUUUGUAUCCCUCUGUUGGUGGGGAAAGGUGUCUUUCUUUCUGCCCUCCCCUCUUAAAUAAUUCUGUUCACUUUUGUUUUGUUUCCUUGUGUACUCCAGCAUUGGUUAUAGUCAUGGGAAAGGAAGGUGUCCACGGAGGCACACUUAA